AUUGAAACUCACAUCAUGGCGACCCCCACAACCUUGAAUAUUGGCGAACCUGCAGAUGAAAGAUCUGUAGACGGAAAUAAUGCUCCUUAUGGAGAGUAUUCACAUACUGGGGAUCGGGAACCUCCCAGGGAAGAGAAGCACGAAGGAUUAGAAUACAGCAGUAAUCCAUUUUCUCCUCGAAAAUCUCAAAUAGACAUGGAAAAUUUACUGAUGCGAGGCAUGGGCUACGAUGAAGAAGAUGAAGAAAAUGGGAAGGGGGAGUUUAUGCGACUUUUCCCGGAAUUUUUGAUAACGCCUAGUGAUUUUGGAUUUAAGAUUGCUCCCAGUGUUGGAUCUGUUUGCUAUGGGUACUUCUCACUGGCUUGUAUGAAUCCUUUCUGGUUCAACAGGUAAAUCUUGUCAGAUUUAUUUCAAUAAAAAUAAUUGUUUUGGUCAAGUUGUUUGAGGUGGUGUCAGAAUACUCAGAUUCAGAAUUGUAGUAGCCUUCUGAAAUGCCUUGUCUAGUUACUAAUAACAACAUGCUGUGCCACAUGGGUAAAUGUUGGUUUGACAAGCCACUUAUUUCCUUUGGCUUUGGCUGCCAUCUUGGUUGCCAUGGACAACCCCCCCAUGAAAUCAAAUAAACACUAAUUCACAUAAUUCUUAUUUGAAAGAGAAAAUUGAAAGUAACAAAUAAAAUUAUAAUUCAUACCAUAUAGCUACAUUAUACUAUAGUAUAGUUCCAUAUAGUCCCCCCCCCCAAAAAAAAAGGUACACACACAUGAUCAUAAAUAUUUAAACUUCAUUAGCAAAUUAAUUUUUUUUAAUGUGCUGAUGUGUUGUACCAGCACUGAACGUCACAAGAUUACUGUUGCGCACUGACUUGUAUUGGGAGAAAUUAAUCUCCUAUUUUUAUUUUAAUUGGCUCGUUGUAAACAGUGCCUAACAAAGGACGAUACCAUAGAAUCAACAAUAUUAAACAUAAGACACCCAAAGCAGUUUCUAGUUACAAUUAAUAAGAUUUAUUAAGUCUUAAUAUAAUUACAAAUGAAAAUAAAAUAUAAUGACAAUCUUCAACUUACAGUAUGGUAGAUCUUGUACCGGUACACAGUUAAUACAGUUAGAAUAAUGUGCCAAUGAGUAAUGAUGAAGUGCGAAAUAAACACAUAUGAGUAUGAGCACACAAAUACACAAGGAAUAAUACACGCCUCAUAAAGUUAAUAAUAUCUAUCUGAAUCUACAUCCCUCCGUCCGUGCCUGUCAAACCCUUAUAUAGGUUGCGUAAGCCCUGCCUUCCAGAAAGACUUAUGACGUUUCUAGAACAAUCACAAUCAUUCUACAAAAUACUAUUUGGAACAGAUUAAUUAUUUUUAGUGGCUGUCGGCAUAAACACGACAGAUCAAACGACUAAGCCACACCCCUCUGUGAACACAGCGUCUCAUGCGGGGUCAAUCAAAGGGCACGCACGAGAAAAAUUAUGUAAACAAGCUCUAUAUAACAAUUACCCAGUGAGUAGAGUGAGUCAUGGUGCUGAGGUUAUAAUAAUAUAAGGAUCAGGGCUGAAUGGCUAAAGAAGUGAUUCUGGCUUUUAUUUUUAUUAAAAAGAAAAAUUGCACUCAUUGAAGGGGUAUUUGGUUCCAUGUUUUAUUUUAUUAUUUUCAUCAAACUAUAUGCACGGUACAAUCCUGUUGUCUAAGGGCUUGCUACAAUCUGUGGACAAUGAAUAGACAGCUAUGUGUCAUUGUGUUGACAGUACCCAGUUCCUCAAACACCUCAAUUUGACCAUGCAUUAAACCAAGGAAAAAUUAGAGGGCAAAAACAUGAUUCUGUUCAAAGUCAUAAUUGCAGUGGUGGAUUUACCAUAAGGCCAAACAAAAAUAGGCUUUCGUGUAAAAAAUACUGAGAGGCAGCAUAAAAUCAAAUCAUUGAAAGUAUAAUAAAUAUAUUACCAGGAUAGAAUUAUUUAACUUAGACUUAAGAUAAACUGUAUUUACAAUUAUAUGCAUAAAAUCACAAUGGCUGCAUUUAAAGUAAGUUAAUUUUAUUAAAUUGCUGCUUCUCCUGGGUUAUAAUUUUUGCGCACUUAGGAAUUCUAUAGGAUACUUUUUUGUGUUUUUUUAGUGUAGGCCAAUAUUAUUCCAGCUGUCACAUAGGCAUGCAUAGAGCUUGUUAUUUGAUAAGCCAUCCUGGCUCAUCAAAUGAAAAUAUAUCUCAAAUUCCACCUUUUGAUGACUAAUGCCUAGUUGAUGGCUUGUUUUUUUUUCUAAAUUGCUCCAUUUUUUUUUAACCUAAUAUUUCAAUUUAACUGGGUGAGAAUAAAUAUACUCUUUAGAAUUUAGCCUAUUAGAGUUCCAAUAUCACAAAAUAAUGAGUAAUAAUUGAUAGUAAAAUAAAAUUAUGCCUUGCAUCUUUUGCGCUGAAAAAGCUGCCAACCCUUAUAUAGAGAAAAAAGUGCCAUCAGGGGCAGACUGCCCCUUCUUCCUAUACCACUGCAUAAUGUAAAGGAUGAAGUGAAACUACUUUUAUGCCAAUUGAUGUAUCAUAAAUAGCAUCUUCUGUAAUCUGGUAAAUAGUUUCCUUUAUCAAAUUGUUAAUUUUAAAAAUUGUUUUCAUCUACAGAGCAUUUGGUGAUGUGCAUGAAGUCGUUAAAAAUGUUUUGUGGGCUCAAGCACACCUUGGAAUAGGACUAUAUGUUUACUCUCGCAGACACAUUCGAAAACUUCCAGCUAGCAGGGCUAUCCUGUACAGUCUUUUUGGCUCAGUUUUGUUCAACUUUGGUUCAUGCAUGGUAUGGGGAUUAGGCAAAACUUUACUUCCCCAUUCUCCUGCAAUGAGAGUGGCAUUCAGUCUUCUUUCCAGCUGUCUCUUACUUUAUGCAGGGCAAGACUAUUUACAAUAUGUAGAUGACAGUUGUUCUGAGCUUGACUGAAUAUUAAACCCUAUUGAAUGCAAGCCUGGCAUUGAUGAAUUAAAUUUAGCGAGUGAAAUUUUUUUUUUUUUGAAGUAUGAUAGAAACAGAAGCGUGACUUAAUUCUUAACAACCCCUACUUUAAAAAAAUAGCUGAUCAUUGUGUCACACAUUUUAAUAUUUCCUCUAUGCUAAAAAACAUGUUCAAGCCUAAAAUAUAUCAUCACAUCAAAUAAUUCUUUGUUUAUAGUAUAAUUCAAUUAAAAUGGUAAAAAAAUGUACAAGUACUGCAUUUUUAAUGCCGGUAUCCUUAAAUUGCUUUGAUCUUCAGGGAAGGCAACUCAGUUUGAGAGCUGUUGUUGCAAUAAAGAAAUGAUCAGUUCAAGCAAUUACUUUGUCCAUCAUCAAGUUUAAAUAGAAAAAUAUUAUUUGUGUUAGAAAUACUCAUCGAUAAUCUGUGUAAAUCUUUGAAUUUAGUUGUGUAUAAGAAUAGAAGACAUCAGGUUUUGUUUUGAAUGAUUUUGUGAGUUUAUGAUGUCAACCUUGAUGGUGGUAAACUUGUACUGAAUGUAUUAAAUGGUUAGUCUGCUUUCAUUUUAUUUCAUCCACAAUAUGUAUUUAGUUUUUAAGACUUCAUAUAAGAUUAAGAAUCUCACUCAUGAAUUUCACAGAUGAAAGCAUUGCUUCAAUCAAAAAAUGUUACUAAAUUUUAACUUGCAUAUCAAAAAUUACAUGUAACUGCAAAGGUUCAUCUGGAAAAGUUCAGAAUCGUACAGAGUAUAAACGAAGCCACAAUUCUUUUUGUUGUUUUAUCAAGUGCAUAAAACAAUUCUAAGAUCUUGAUAAAUGCAGUACGUAUUGUACACAUCAACUCAUAUCAUCCAUAGACUCCACUGUUAGUGAAAGUAGCAAUUUGUUUUACUUACACCAUGAUGCUAUUUUAAAAUCAAAAUACUGGUACAUUAGAUGUGUUGCACUGUUGCUUUGCAGAAAAAUCGGUUGCAAGUGGUGUUCAUAAUAGUUUUGUUCAAUAAUUAUUACUAUAGAUUAAUCUCUAUUAACACUGACAAGAAAUUUUUUAAUUGUGGUAUAAUUCUACGAUCAACUAGAUGGUUAACUUCCACUUUUAAUUAUUUAGUCAAAUUUGUUUUGGCUUAUAACUUAUUUAUAUAUUUUUAAUCUUCAGCAAUACUUGUUAUGUUUUUAAACAAAUAUUUUACACUUUCCAACUUUUGUUGGUUCUGAUACUCAGCAUUGUCAAUAAAUGCAGAAAUAGUUGAAAACAAGGAUUUUGGUCUUAAUUUUUUUUUUAUUUUACAUGUUUUUGACAAUUUUUCAACACUGAUUUUUCCUCCAAAAAUAAAGUAGAAAACAACUCUACUUUAGAUAUGCCAUACACAAAGUUGUGAUCUAAUGCUUUCAACAAGUUAAAAUCACAUUAAGGAGUACUCAGAAGUAGAGAAUAUGGUAUAAUAUGAUCAUCAACAAUGUAUAAUUUACCUGUAGGAGUGCGAAAGGGAAAUAGUUCCCUUAUUUUGCGCAUUGAUUGCUGCUUAAACUUCCCUCAAGUGCUGGAUUAUGGGUAAAAUCUACCAUUACCAGCCAAGGAUUUAACUUGGAUUCCGCCAUUUUUGUACUUAUUUUAUUAGUAAA